AUGGCACGGCUCUUUCGCGCGUGGCGGACUUGUUGGGACUUGCCCGGGCGGCGCGGCGAGCCGGGCCCUGCCAGGGCGUGGAACUGGAAGCCCGGCGCCGCCCUGGGCUGCAGUCUGGAGUUGCUGGUUGGCAGGGGACUGCUCCCUGGGUACCUUACUCGACCUUCCUGGGUUUCGUUAGCUAGAGAUUUACUGCAUCCUUCCUUGGAAGAGGAAAAGAAGAAACAUAAAAAGAAACGGCUGGUACAAAGUCCAAAUUCUUACUUCAUGGAUGUAAAAUGUCCAGGUUGCUACAAGAUCACCACAGUUUUCAGCCACGCUCAGACAGUAGUGCUUUGUGUAGGCUGUUCAACAGUGCUGUGCCAGCCAACAGGAGGGAAGGCCAGACUCACAGAAGGCUGUUCAUUUAGAAGGAAGCAACACUAA